GCCCCAGCGGAGCGCGCCCGGGGGCGGCGGGAGCGGCGCGGAUGGCCGCGGUGCUGCCGGGGGCGGCGGGGCGCGGAGCCGGAGGCUCCUCAGCUGCAUGCUACAAGCCCACCAGCCCAGGCCAGAUACUGGAAGACACUGGCUUUCUUUAUCAGGACCACCAGUUGUUUGCUGGCAGGCAUGACAUUUCUCCACUAACAGCUGAAGCUGUCAGUGCUAAAGAAAAAGCUGCCGAGGAAACCCUCUGCACCUUGCACCCUCCAGCCUUCCUCCGGAGCUCAGAGGUGGAGAUGCGAGGCUCGGAGGAGGUGGCAGCCGGCACGGUCCUGCAGCGUCUGAUCCAGGAGCAGCUGAGGUAUGGCAACCCCAGCGAGAACAUGAACCUGCUGGCCAUCCAGCACCAGGCAACGGGCAGCGCCGGCCCCUCCAACAGCACUGCCAGCACUCUCUCUUCCACAGAAAACCUCGCGCCCGAGGACCCACAAAUGGUCCAGCCGUCGGCGCGGCAGGAACCGCAGGGGCAGGAGCACCAGGGGGACGGUGCUGCGAUGGAGAAGCAGCCCCGGGCCGCGCAGCCCCCACACAGCAGCGAGGAGCUCCCCACCUACGAGGAGGCCAAGGCCCAGUCGCAGUAUUUCCGGGGGCAGCCGCCGGCAGGGCCGGGAUUUUAUGUCGCCGGCACCUCUGGCCAGAAGUCCAGGACUGAGGGGAGGCCGACGGUGAGCCGGGCCGGCAGCGGGCAGGCGCAUAAGGACGAUGCGCUGAAGGAGCUGAAGCAGGGCCACGUGCGCUCGCUGAGCGAGAGGAUCAUGCAGCUCUCACUGGAGAGGAACGGGGCCAAGCAGCACCCGCCUGCCCCGGCAGGCAGCAAGGGGCCGAAGGCCGCCCCAACACCCAGCAAAGGCAUGGACCCGCGGGGCCCGCCGCCCGAGUACCCCUACAAGGCCAAGGUGGCGGCGGCGGUGUCCCCCAGCAGCAAGGCCCCUGAUCAUGGGCUCUUCUAUGGCGAGCAGCACCCGGCAGGGCCGCAGGACGUCCUCAAGGCCUCCUUUGUGGCCCCGCAGCCCUCCAGGACCGAGGUGGCCGUUGUCCGUUACCAGCCGCCCCCAGAGUAUGGGGUGACCAGCCGACAAUGCCAGCCUCCCUUCCCGCCGCCGCCGGCCCAGCAGCACAGCCCCAUGUCCUCGCAGGCCUCCUCCGCUGCCGGCCCUCUGCUUCCAGGCUCCUUGCCUCCACUGCCAGCCCCCUCCACUGCGCAGCCACCUGUGCCACCUGGCCAGCAGCUGACACCCGACGCCUUCGCCAUCGUGGAGAGGGCGCAGCAGAUGGUGGAGAUGCUCUCCGAGGAGAACCACGUGCUGCGGCAGGAGCUCGAGGGGUACUAUGAGAAGGCAGACAAGUUGCAGAAGUUUGAAAUAGAGAUUCAGAGGAUUUCAGAAGCUUAUGAGGGCCUGGUCAAGACCACUACUAAGAGGGAGUCUCUGGACAAAGCGAUGAGAAACAAACUGGAAGGAGAGAUUAGGAGACUUCAUGAUUUCAACAGGGAUCUCCGUGAACGACUGGAGACAGCCAACAGGCAGCUUGCCAGCAGAGACUUCGAUGGGCAUGAGGAUAAGUCAACAGAGGGCCUUUAUGUCACUCAGAACAAGGAACACUUGAAAGAGAAGGAGAAGCUGGAGAUGGAGCUGGCAGCCAUGCGCUCUGCCAAUGAGGAUCAGCGCAGGCACAUUGAAAUCCUUGACCAGGCCCUAAACAAUGCUCAAGCCAAAGUCAUCAAACUGGAAGAGGAGCUGCGUAGGAAGCAGGCCUAUGUGGAGAAGGUGGAGAAGCUACAGCAGGCACUGACACAACUUCAGGCUGCCUGUGAGAAGAGGGAGCAGAUGGAGCGACGGCUGCGCACACGCCUGGAGCGGGAGCUGGACUCACUGCGCAUGCAGCAGAGGCAGGGCAGCUUCCAGCCCAGCAGCCUCCCUGAGUACAAUGCGCCGGCACUGAUGGAGCUGGUGAGGGAGAAGGAGGAGCGGAUCCUGGCCCUGGAAGCCGACAUGACCAAGUGGGAGCAGAAGUACCUGGAGGAGAGCACCAUUAGGCACUUUGCCAUGAAUGCUGCAGCCACGGCUGCAACGGAGAGGGACACCUCGGCCCCCAGCCACUCACACAACGGCAGCUAUGGCGAGAGCACACUGGAGGCACGGGGCUGGCAGGAGGAGGAGGAAAUUGUGCAGGCCAACCGGCGCUGCCAGGACAUGGAGUACACAAUAAAGAAUCUCCAUGCAAAAAUAAUCGAGAAGGAUGCCAUGAUCAAGGUCCUUCAGCAGCGCUCACGGAAGGAUCCCGGCAAAGCCGACAGUGCCAGCCUGCGACCCGCUCGCUCCGUGCCCUCCAUUGCUGCUGCUGCGGGCACACACUCACGCCAGACCUCGCUCACCAACAACCAGAUCACUGAGGAGAAGAAAGAGGAGAAGAUCUGGAAGGGAAGCAUAGGGCUGCUCCUGGGGAAGGAGCACCACGAGCACCCGCCGGGCCUCACGCUGCCUCCCCCUCUGCCCUCCUUGUCGUGUGCACCUGUGCCGGCACCAGCAGCCUCCCACGUGAAGACGGGCAGCAAGGACAACAGCACCCAGACCGACAAAAACACCGAGCUCUUCUGGCCCGCCACCGCCUCCUUCCCCGGCCGUGGCCGGCUGGGCACCACCCCGACACACAGCCCGGUACCACGGCCCCCGGGGGCACGGCCAGCCGGGGAGAAACUGGAGAACUCCAGCCACGGAAAGCUGCCUGACAGCAAAGGCAGGGUGAGCAGCUUGCUCCACAAGCCUGAAUUUCCAGACACAGAUAUGAUGGAAGUCCUCAUCUGAGCAGAGGAUGGUGUCUGGGCUUUCGUGGGCAUACAUCCACGUCCAAGGACAUCGUUGGUGUGCCAACCUUAAAAACUGACUCUGAGAAUUUGAAGAAGGAAGAAGAAAGUUUGUGCCUGAAUUGAAGCUUGAGUGUUACACAGAGACUUGGGACCAGGCGAGAGAUAAAGAGGACCCAAGAGGAGAGAUGAGAUGAGUGUUCAGGACUUUCUGAGUGGAAGGGGACUUUGAAAACUGAAGGUGGCCCGAGAAGAUGGUCAUUGAGGAAAGAGGAAACUGCAUUUUCUGGUGGAGAAGGAAGAUUACAGACUGGGUGCACAGGGUGCUUCUGUUUUGCUGCCUCUGCAGCCAGGACAGGAGCCAAAUCCUGGCUUUUCUGAGGCCAGCAGAGCAUCUGACAAUAAUUGGAGAAACUUGCAUCUUCCUCAGUAUUGAUUCCUUUCUCAAAAGUAUUCACUGCUGGAUUUUAGUGAAUUAUUGGUGUGUGGAUGUACACGGCAGGUUCUUGUAAGUAUUCAUUUGAAGUGGUGUGGUGUGGUUUUCCUGACAUGCAGGUCAGGUGCCUCUGCCUGGCCAGGCAAGUAUUACUCUUGGAGCCGGAUUACAGUGCAAAUUUUCGUGUCUUGCAAACUCCGAGUCUGCUGAGACUUCUGUUUUUUGAUAGGAGCAGUUGUUCAUUGGAAUUUCCACAGAGGAAGAACGUGAAGGAGGGAGAUUACCCUGCUGUUCCCUUUUGUAACAUUGGGAAAGUUUCAGGAAGGAAAGUCAGAGGAGGAUCCAGCCAGUUCCACCACGGGGCUGUGCAGGGCAGAGAUGGAAGAGGUGAGGUGCCUCAGUGCAUCUUCUGCUGCCCCAACGCAGAGCCAGAUGCAACACAUAGGUUUCAGCAAGUGAGAAUCUGAGCACAAAACUGUAACAGAGUGUAGCCCAAGGAACUCUUCAGGGCUGUUUACACGGGAGAGAUGGGAAGAAAACAGAAACCACUGAUGCCUUCUGCGGUUAUUUCAGUGAACUAAGCCAAGCUUGCAUGUGAGGUCAGAAGAUACUUCUUACUGUGCAGUGUCUGCAGACAGGACAAGAACAGUUCCUUAUUUUCAGUCUCACAUUCCCUGUGCAAACAGACCUGCCGUUUGGGUUGACGUGGGACUCUGCAUUAAGAGGUGCAGGACUGAACCUGGAAUGUUUAACUGCAAAGCAGUGCAUGAGCAUCACCUGUUGUGUGCUGAGCUGUGGGCUCUUUUCAGCCUGCUUCACCCAAGACAAAACAUUUCUGAUUUUUAGCUAAGCCCUUGGUUUCUGUACGAGGUAGCACCUGUCUGUGAGACAGCCAGCUCACAGCAAUGUUACUCAUAACAUAUCUUCUGUUUCCUAGUAGGGGAAAAAAAAAGCUGGUAGGGAAUUUUUCCUCUCCAGGAUAUUUUUCUGUUGGCUUUUCUCUUCCCAAAUUUCCUAGUGUGCCCCUAUGGCAUCAGGAAGAAUUUAGCUUUGGCAAAAGGAUGGUGGGAUUUUAUGCCAAGUUGUGUAGAGUGGAAAAGCAGUGGGUGCUCCUGGGUACACGUGUGUGCAGGACUGGCUCAAGGCUCUCCCUUCCUGUAGGCAUCAAGAGGAGGAGAAACACUGAGAGAACAUCAGGCACUUUACCCUGUACUUUUGCUGAAAACAAGUCCUUGCAACCCCAAAGGCUGCAGGUGCUGGAGCCCCAUGGCUGUGAGAUACCUUCGUUGUAAAACAAAAUUGCUAUGCUGAGUCCAUGCACUUAUCUGUGUGUGUAGACAGAUGUGUUGGUGUUGCCUUCCUUCUGGUUUUUGCACUUGUUAACGCAGCAGUGCUGGGUGGGUCGUGGCGUCAGGAGAGCUGUGUGUUUCGAGUAGUAGCAGCUUUGCAAAACCAAAUGUGUAAAACUCCUUUGAAGAUGCUGUGCCGCUUAAUAUAUGCCUUGUGAAAUAAUUUUAUUUUUCCUCUAAAGUUAAUUUAAAGGUCCUAAGGAAAGGCCGGGCCUGCGUGUGGCUGUGGCUGGCUGCAGGUGGGCACCUCCCAACCCCACGCAUGCCAGCGCUGCCCAGCUGGGACUGGGCCAGGAGGAUGGCAAAGCGAGGGGAUGGCAGGAAAAUGACAGUAAAUAUGCCAUCAUUUUGCUCCAAGAAAUAAGGACACCCAGCUGCUUGGGAGUCCCACAGCACGUCAUUACUGGCUGUAUUAUUUCUUUGGAUGGAACUGCUUAAUGACUUCUGUAGAGGCAGGCAGCUGGACGUGCCAUCAGAGGUGUGCUCACAGCCAAUGCUGCCCCACAGACCAUGAAUAGUUUGCAUGGAGCACUGCUGCCUUCCUGCUGGGUUUCCCAGCUCCUGGAACUGAAUGGUGGUUUGGGAAAUGGUGCUGUAGCCGUUCCAGGCAAUGUUGGGAACUCGUUGUAAAAUACUGUCAUUCUUUUAUUGUUGUUGGUUGUAUAGAGGAGUUGGUGUACAGUGUUGUACAGCUGGAGAGUCGUUUGUACAUAGGUGGGUAAACGAGCAGCAUUACGUGUCACCCACAGCAAAUACAGAUACUGUUGGUCAGCCAAAGAUUUCCAAUUCCUUGCUGUUUAAACCCGUGCCUUAAUAUUGUAUAUAAUAAAUGUAUAAACGUGUUUCUUUC